GUGUCCAAACACCGGAAGUGGGAGUUACAAAGAUGUCUGAAGACCCUUUCAGGGUGUUCUUGUUCGUGCUGGUGUUUACUUUAGCAGCCGUUGAAUGAUAAGCCCUUAACAUCACUGCAGUUUGAUAACUACAAAGCUAAGAUUCCGAACAGGAUUUUUUUUUGCAAGUUUUAAAAAGAUAUCGCUAAAGCUAACAUCGCUAAGAUAAUUAGGCGACCUGGGACCGAGUCAGGAAUGUUUACCAUGACGUCACAUAUAUCCUUGGGAAAGCAUAAGUUCAAAACAACAUGGCGUCCGAUAACCUCGCAGGGGAUUCAGUGGAAGGUUCAACGGAAUCUGAAUAUAACGUCAAUCACGAAUAUAUUGAACGAGUCAAAAAAUUUCUAAAGCCUCUUGAAAACAGAUGGGACUACGUUCAGAGUGUUCUUCUAUGGGAGAAACCGUCGCAUUCGUUGUGUUAUUUUAUUGCGAUGACAGCUCUGUUCGGGCUCAUGGCAAGUGGCAAAUUCCGCCUGGUGCUGCUGCUUAUAGUAGCAAUGGCGUCAUCGCUUCUGAUGGAGGAUAUUAGAAGCAAGGUGUGGCAAUUUGUACAAGGUGGAUUUGAUGCAGUCAGCGAUAAAGAUAGCCGACAAACCACUCUGUCCUUUCAUCGUCUUUGUACAAGACUGGCUGUGAUUUGGACUACCUUUGUUGCUUGGCAUGAAAAACUGAAUAAAUUGAAAACUGACAGCACAUAUAAGUAUUAUGCUGCUUUAAUUGGGUUGUUACUGGUCACAGUUUUUGCUUACCAAUACUUGCCUUUGGUGCAGAUAUGUUAUGCUACAGUUUGUGCACUGUACUUCUGGCCUGUUAUUAAACACAAUGGAAUACACAGAACAAUUAACAAAGCAUUGGAACCUUUUUACCGACCAUUUGUUGUUCAGUGGCAACACAGCAGGACUAAGCGACUAAGGGAUGCCGUGACAAAAGCAACAGAUGGAGAAGCUCCAGCAGAUAGUGAUGAUGAGUUUGCAAAGGAUUUCAAUCCGGUCACUGAUGACACAUCUGUUGAUCAAGACAACAUUCCUUUACAAGAUGAAGAAUCCAGCUCGUCAGAACCAUCAUCUCCAGUGCCACCUGUAGAAGCCAAACUUCUUCAAGGACUUAUUACAUCAGCUAUUUCCCAGGGACUGAGCUCCAUUGCAAACAGAGAAGAUGAUCAGGAAACACAAGGAACCUCUGGAAGGGAAACUCCUGAUGUUGAAAGCCCAAGUUUAGAUAGUUCUGCAGUGUUUUUGGAUGAGCUACAGUUUUCAUCUCUGAGCCAAGGUGGCAGCACUUUGGAAUUUGAAGAAGGUGAAUUUAUGGAGGGGUUAGAAUUUCCGGACAUCGACAGAGAUACCGAAUCAGACUCUGAAGCCAUUCAUCCAGACGGCAAGACUACAGUCAACAAUAAACCAACACAACCAAAACAAAGACAGGAACUGAAAGAGCCGAAAGACAAUGAUCACAGACAGGGAUCUGGAACACCAGAGAGCAUUAUGACUUCAUCUGGAAACACCGAUGUGUCAGACUACGAGAUGCUUGACCAGUCGGAGGCUGAAGGCAUGACUCCAACUGACGAAACAGACAAUGUUGAUUCUACCAGAUUAGGAUCAGUGUCAAAUUAUGUGGGAAAGUGGUUGGGGUAUUGAUGUCGAGUGUAUUGAUUACAAUGGCCCAUUUCCAAGUUGUCAUAUGAAGUGUGGACUGAUGUAAAAUCACCACACAAUGUCUAGUCUCCUCUGCAGGCUUUUUUUGUGUCCUGCCAAGGGAUGGUUGCAUAACAUCUCAAAAAUGGCUGCGGAAGAGACUACACUAUGUCAGGUAUUGCUAAGAGUAGUUGCUUACAAUCGUGUUAAAUUUUACAUGUGAUAGUGUAGUGACAGUGUAGUGUCAUUACCAAAAGCAUUUACUGAUAUCUUUGCAUUUUCUCCUGCUCUCACAAAAUAUUUUCGCCACCCCAACAAUAAACCCCGCACGUGACGACUCAAAAAUGUGCUCCGUGAUAUUUUCAGUGUGCAUCAACUUUCAACAUUUCGUUUCAAAAAUUAUGUUGUUUAAUAAUUGCUACUGCGAAGUCUAGUUCUUAUUUAAGAUUUUUAGAAGCACUGUACGUACGUACCACUUGGUGAGUGUCAAUUUGUUGAAAAGUGCACCUUGAGAAUUAUUUUGACAAGCUUGUUUUGCAAAUAUGGAGAUGGCAUUGACAAAUACUUGCAGCUGUUUGAUAGUGUGUAUGACUACCUGCAGGAUAAGAGGAAAAGCUGAUUUACAGAAAGGAAAAUGGUGCAUCUAUAUCCAGACACUUUCAUUUUAAAUGAGUUAAAUCAGGUCAAGUGCUUGUGGCCUGAGGGCAAAAAUCAAAUUGAAUUAUACACCACCAGUGAGGAGCUUGGGAAUGCUUGGCCUGUACUGACUGUUGUUAUUAAUUUUAGCUAAGAGUGAGUUAUUGAGCAAGGUUUUCAACAAGCCGUUGCUAGUUAUUUAUUCAACAUAUCCAGCCAUUUCUCAACACUUGGUCUGGGACAUUUAGGUUGUUGUUGUUCAAUUUUAAGGGACAAAUCAAAUUUCCAGGAUUUUAUAUGUAUCAUAAGUUAACUUUAUAGUAAUUAUUAUAAUCAUGAAAAUGUAAAACACUGGGUUUAUAGUGUACCAUAAAUUGUGUAGGAAAAUGAAUGUAACAGUCACAUCAAGGCAAUGAAUAAAUAAAAGCUGGUCUUUUUUUAA